GCCACGGCCGACUGAAGUAGACUUAUUUGAUUUAGGUAGUGGUGAAUUAUGGUGCUUAUUGCGAUACUGGUGCUUCUAUUAAUCCUAGUUUACUGCUAUGGAACAAGGACUUUCAGUUACUGGUCUAAACGUGGUGUAAAACACGACCCGCCCAUUCCGUUACUUGGUACGUCCAAGAGGCAAGUCUUUUGGCAGAUCAGUCACUCUGAAAUCUAUGAUGAGGUGUACUGGAAGUACCCUCAGGAACGAUACGUCGGGUAUUACUUAACUACGACUCCGCUUCUUAUUUUAAGGGACCCAGACAUAGUAAAGCGCGUUUUAACGUCGGAUUUCAGCAAUUUCUACUCAAGAUCGGUGCAUCCGCUAGAUGAUGUACCAGAACCGUUAUUAAAUAACCUCUUUUCAUGCGAGGGAGACUUAUGGAAAUUUCUGCGGCAGAAAAUGACACAUGCUUUUUCAUCCGCGAAGUUAAAAGCCAUGUUUCCUCUGAUUAUUUCUAGAGCCGAAAAGUUACAGCUACUUGCGGCCGAGGCGGCCUCUAGAGGUACAGAAGUAGACGUACUAGAACUCAUGGCCCGUUAUACCACUGAUUUUAUUGGUGCUUGUGGAUUUGGCCUCGAUACAGAAGCCCUAAACGACGAAAACUCCAUUUUUAGACGGGUAGGACGCCGCAUAUUCCAUAACACAACACGUGAUUCGAUUGUGAUGAUUUGUAAGUUUAUGAUGCCUAGUGUAUUCAAGAGAUUACAUUUCUUCUCCCAGUUUGUGGAGAAAAAUAUGAUGGAUCUUGUAAAAAAUAUAAUGGCUCAGAGAGAAUAUAAACCGUCAGGUAGAAACGACUUUAUAGAUUUGCUUCUGGAAGUGAAAGCAAAAGGGAAGAUUGCGGCAAGCUCUUUCAUCGAGACUAGUCCUAGUGGAACUCCGUGCGUUGCAGAAUUUGAAUUGGAUGAUAAGUUGAUGGCAGCGCAAGUAUUUGUAUUUUUUGGCGCCGGAUUCGAGACGUCAUCAAAUUCUUCCAGCUAUAUGUUACAUGAAUUAGCCCAUCAUCCUGAAUACCAGACGAAGUGUCAAGAGGAAAUUGAUGAGGUGCUCGCGCGAUAUGAACACAAAUUGUGCUAUGACGCAAUCAAAGAAAUGAAGUAUCUGGCUAUGUGUUACAGCGAAACGCUCCGCGUUUUCCCGCCAGUUGGGUACUUGAUGCGGAAAUGUACGAAGCCCUACAACAUCCCAGGCACUGAUAUUACCUUGGACCAGGGAGUAAAGGUGGUGAUUCCGACUAAAUCUUUUCACAACGAUCCCCGGUACUGGGAAGACCCGGAACUAUUUCGUCCGGAUAGAUUUCAUCCGGAUAAUGUAGUGAAAAUCAACAAAAGUAUAUAUUUGCCGUUCGGAGAUGGACCAAGGAAUUGUAUAGGAGAGCGACUUGGAAUCAUGCAGUCUCUGGCUGGCCUGGCGGCACUGCUCAGCCAAUUCUCCGUGGCACCAGGAAAGAGCACCGUGCGUCACCCACCUCUCGACCCCACAGUGUUCAUUGUUCAGAGCGUGCUUGGUGGCUUGCCGCUGCUGCUCGUCCCUAGAAACAAAACCUUGUGAUGUAAACCAAAUUGUCAGCUGACAAACACUUGCGAGUCCCACAGUAAAUAAAAUAUAACGGGGCGUUAUUCCUAAGCUUUUGGAAAUCUAACAAACAGAUGAUAAUCGUUUGCCGCUUUUUGAGAAUUAAGUUAGAAAGAGAUAAAAUUUAACAGAGGACUGUCAAAGUUGCUAAAGGUUACUCACGUGCCAGUCAUAUUUAGCCCGAAAUGUUUAGGACGUGUCGACCAUCAAUGUGGGCGUGACGCAAACAUACAUCACUUAUACUCCCUCAAGAAAUAUGAUUCCUGAUUACUUAUAUCUAUAAAUGUGUAUGUUAAAUAUAUCGUUAUGUUAUAACAUAUUUAUAUUAUUCAUCUGGUCUGGUCCACUCUAAACGUCAAGAUAAAUAAUAGGUAAACGUAUGUUCCCCCCGAUUUGUACAGUCGACGUCAAAGAUAUAUUAUGUUUAUACUUUUCGCCUUAUUACAAAGGAGUAAGGUAAUAGCUAGACAGUUGAAAUUUUCACAGAUGAUGUAUUUCUGUUGCCGCUAUAACAACAAAUACUAAAAACAGAAUAAAAUAAAGUUUUAAGUGGGGCUCCCAUACAACAAACGUCAUUUUUGACCGAAGUUAAGCAACGUCGGGCGGGGUCAGUACUUGGAUGGGUGACCGUUUUUUUUUGCCUUUUUU